AGUUUAUAUUUAUAUAUAACCUCAUCUUUGGUUUUGUAUUAGCAGCACAAAAUUAACACGACUCUAAACUAUCAUGAUUUUAAUUUAUAUAUCAAUUUUUCUAGUUUGUAUAUGGCUAUGGAGAACCAUGAAAAAACCAAAAAGAUUACCACCAGGUCCAAUAGGGUUACCAAUUUUGGGUAGCCUUCUAAAAUUAGGACAAAACCCUCAUCGUGAUCUUCACAAACUAUCACAAAAAUAUGGACCAAUCAUGCACUUACGCUUAGGUUUAGUACAAACCAUAGUUGUUUCUUCACCUCAAGCAGCUGAACUAUUCCUCAAAACCCAUGAUCUUGUUUUUGCAAGUAGACCACCAUUUGAGGCAUCAAAACAUAUCAGUUGGGACCAGAUAUGGAAUAUAGCCUUAGGUGAAUAUGGUUCUUAUUGGCGCAAAAUGAGAAAAAUGUGUACUUUAGAAUUGCUGAGCCAUGCAAAAAUCAAUUCUUUUAGAAUCAUGAGGGAACAAGAACUUGACCUAUUGAUAAAGUUUCUAAGAGAAGAAUCCAAAGAUGGAAAAGAGGUUGAUUUAAGUUCUAAGAUUUCUACACUAAGUGCUUAUAUGAGUUGUAGAAUGAUUUUUGGGAAAAAGUAUAUGGAUAAUGAUUUGGAUGAGAAAGGGUUUGAGGUUGUGGUGAAAGAGACAAUGUAUUUAAUUGGAACUCCUAAUAUUGGUGAUUUCAUUCCUUAUCUUAGACCAUUUGAUCUACAAGGGCUAACUAGGCGUAUGAAGGCGGUUGGAAAAAUAUUUGAUGAUUUUUUUGAGAAAAUUAUUGAUGAACAUAUUCAAUCCGGCAACAAAGAUAAGAAAAAUAUGGAUUUUGCAGAUGUCAUGUUGGGUCUUGUUGGUAUUGAAGAAUCUGAAUACCGUAUUGAACGAACCACUAUCAAAUCUAUUAUGCUGGAUAUGCUAGUAGGUUCAAUGGAUACUUCUGCAACAGCAAUUGAAUGGACAAUUUCUGAGCUACUAAAGAAUCCAAGAGUGAUGAAAAAAGCACAAAAUGAGUUAGAAAUUGUGGUAGGUAUGAAGAGAAAAGUGGAGGAAUCAGAUUUGAACAAGUUAGAGUAUUUGGACAUGGUCAUAAAAGAAAGCCUUAGGUUCCAUCCAGUAGCACCACUAUUAAUACCACACCAAUCCUUGGAAGAUUGCAUGGUUGAAGACUUUUUCAUACCGAAAAAAUCAAGGGUCAUUGUGAAUGCAUGGUCAAUUAUGAGAGACCCAAAUGCAUGGACUGAUCCUGAAAAAUUUUGGCCUGAGAGAUUUGAAGGAAGUAACAUAGAUGUUAGAGGGCAUGAUUUUCAAUUUUUACCAUUUGGUUCUGGUAGAAGGGGUUGUCCUGGAAUGCAAUUGGGCCUAACUGUGAUUCGUUUGGUAGUGGCUCAACUUGUGCAUUGCUUUGAUUGGAAAUUGCCUGAUCAUAUGUUACCAAGUGAUUUGGAUAUGAAAGAGGAGUUUGGACUUACUAUGCCUAGACUUAAUCAUUUAAUUGUGAUCCCUAAUUAUCGUCUUUAUAGUGAUAGUGAUUAAGUUGAAAGAUAAAUGUAUUUGACAUUGGAAUUUAUGUUUGAAUAAGGCUUGCAGAAAAAAUAAAGGGGUUGUUUUUCUCAAAUGUAUUUUACAUAUUAUGGUAUAUGCAACAAAGUACAAAAUCCAAAUAUGUUAGCCUUAUAAAUGAUUUGGGUUUUUUAUAUGUCAUUUUUGUUUGCUUGUUUGUAGUUGGGAAAAUAUACUCUUUUUGAUUGUCACAAGACAUUUAUAGGAUAGCCAAGUUUGAUGUUUGAGUACUUUGCACAAAUGAUCUAAAAUAUAUGAUACACUGUAGCCUUGCAGCACAAGACAGUAAAACACUCCGGGUGAUUAGCCUUGAGGGUAUAGUGUCAAUCGAGGACGUCGGUAUUCGGGGCAUGGAUCAAAGCGAAUUUCACAAAAAUAGAGGAGUGUUGGAGUGCCGUGGUGUACCGAGUAUUGGUCUGAUUGGUAAUCCAAGCUAUCUAUCUAGCUUCAGAGGUUCUGAAGCAGUGAAGCCUCUGAAGCGUUUCAGCCUCAGAGGCAGUAUAGCCUUUGAACCUCGCAGCCCCUGAAGUUGAUAUAGGUUCUGAAGCUAGCUGAGGCUCUGAAGUUCUGUUUCCGUUCUGUUAUGUUUUUCCUAGUUUUUAGCAGUUAGAUAGUUAUGUACCGUUGUAAUUCAGUUUGUUAGUUAGUUACACUUUUCUGUAUAUAUAUUAUAUUAUAUACACUUGUAAUCCCUCAUUGUAAAUAAUGCAAUUUUACUAUUUCCUUUAAUCAAUUUUUCUGUUUAUUCAACAAUU